AUGGAUUUCAAUCCAUUGUGUCCCGCAGGCCCAAGUCCUGACUUCGAUGGAUCACAGCCUGGCUACAAUUACACAUCGUUGAAUAUGGAGAGAUCUAUGACAAUGCAGACGGGCCAAACUGCCUUCAUCAACCAGGCUAUUCCCAAUGAACGGUCCAUCGAACUAGCAUCAGAGCACACAAUAUUUCAAAUGGAAGAACCUGAACCGCCUAGGAAAAGAAUGCGCAGUUCAGUUAACGAUACAUCCAAAAUGCAACACACCCUCAAGAGCCAAAUACAGCCUGCGGGGUAUCCAUUUGCCAAUGGUGGCGGCAACACUCCCAUUGACACGACAUCUACCGCUCAUUCAUCAUCAUUCGAUUCAACAAAAUCAACUUCCCCCCUCACAACUCCCGAGUAUCUAUCUAGCCCGCCUUGUGUGGCAGGUGUGAGUGUUCUAGAAAGUGGAAAGGUAGACUUGACCAAGUGCCGCCCACGUUCAUCCAUCCCAGCUCAUCUGAAACCCGAGGUAUAUGCCAAGCAAUGUGUAGAUUCUGCCGUUGCAUCUCGCCUGGAUCCUUAUGAACUUCAUCCCAAAGAACAGGAAGCUCUACAGGAUCAUCUUUGCCACAUACAAGUCACGCUCUAUCUUAACAUUCGAAAUGGCAUUCUACGACUCUGGAUUCAGAACCCCAUGGUUAGUGUCACCAGAGAAGAGGCCCUGGGUGUUGCAAAAGACUACCGCUGGAUGAAUCUUGCUUCAUUCGCAUUUGAUUGGCUCGCACGGUACGGUUACAUCAACUUCGGCUGCGUCGAGAUCCCCAUGCCUAUUGUGCCUCCUAGAAGAGGAAGACGGAAAGAAGGGCCAGUCAUUGUGAUUGUGGGAGCCGGUGUUGGUGGGCUGGGCUGUGCCCGUCAGCUGGAAGGUCUCUUUCGUCAUUACCGGGAUUCAGAAACUUCCCCUCGGGUUGUUGUUUUGGAAGGCCGUCGCAGAAUCGGUGGAAGAAUCUACUCGCACCCGCUUCACAGUAUGGAAUCGGAAACAUUGCCCUCGGGGCUCGUCCCCAAGGCGGAGAUGGGUGCCCAGAUCAUCAUCGGCUUUGACCACGGUAAUCCUCUCGACCAGAUUGUUCGGGGUCAAUUAGCUCUGCAUUACCACCUUCUCCGUGACUUCUCUACUAUAUACGAUACCGAUGGAACUCCUGUGGAUGACGUUCAUGAUUCAAUGACACAAAAACUUCACGAUAAUUUGCUAGAGCGAACUGGGGCGUUCCGCCGCGACGUUCGCGUCCCUACCACGGCUGAAGGUGAUGCCGAUAUGAUAAACACUGCUCGUGAGUCUAUCAGUGAUGAUGGCCUUACUAUUCGACAGUAUGAAGAAGCUCGUCGCGCCGGGACUACUCACCUUCUCAUUCCCACCAAACGAGUUCGACGUCAUCGAGGCGCAGGACACAAAACUGUAGAUAUCGAACCCGUGGACGAUGUGGAGGAAGACACCGCGGGAAAUGAGGACACCGCAGCGUCGUUCUGUUUGGCUACAGGAUGGAGGUUGAACCCUGGGUAUUCUGCAAGCGAUACACUCGAGCUGGAUGAGACUGCAAAUGCGACUCCGACACAAUCUUUGGGCGCCUUGAUGGACGAAGGUACCAGACAAUACCAGAAGAUGCUUCCUUUGACACCCAAAGAUAUGCGACUUCUGAAUUGGCACCUUGCCAAUGUCGAAUAUUCCAAUGCGGCAAGAGUUAACGAGAUCAGCCUCUCCUCAUGGGAUCAAGAUUCAGGGAAUGAAUUCAAUGGGGCACAUUCGCAUGUGAUCGGUGGUUAUCAACAAUUGCCAUUUGGCCUAUACUCUUUGCCUACGAAGCUUGAUGUCCGCACGAACAAAAUCGUCCAGAGUAUUUCCUACGACCCGACUGGUUCCGGCAGGCAAAAAUCGGUGAUCCAGUGCGAAGAUGGCGAGAAGUUCACCGCAGACCAUAUUGUUUUUACGGGCUCCCUGGGUGUUCUUAAACAUGAAACAAUUCGUUUUAAUCCUCCUCUCCCUGACUGGAAGUUGGGCGCUAUUAAGAAACUAGGAUUUGGGCUCAUGAACAAGGUGAUCCUAGUAUUUGAUGAACUCUUCUGGGACGAUACCAGAGACUUAUUUGGUCUCCUUCACGAACCAACAGUUCACGACAGCAUGAAUCCAGAGGACUAUGCCAAGAAUCGCGGGCGAUGCUAUAUGUUCUGGAAUUGCUUGAAAACCACUGGACUUCCUGUUCUCAUUGGUCUCAUGGCUGGAAAUGCUGCUUAUGACACCGAGACCACAUCAGACGAUACAAUCAUCUCAGAGGUGGUUUCCCAGCUGCGAAAUGUAUUCAAGCAUACCAGUGUACCAGAUCCGAUCGAAACCAUCAUUACUCGGUGGGCUUCUGAUAAAUUCACGCGUGGCAGCUAUUCCUUCGUGGCAACUGAAGCUGGUGCAGAAGACUACGAUCUCAUGGCACGACCAAUCGGCUCUCUGCACUUUGCAGGUGAGGCUACUUGCGGCACUCACCCAGCAACUGUCCACGGGGCAUACAUUUCAGGCCUCCGAGCAGCUGCGGAAGUAAUCGAGUCCGUCGUAGGCCCGAUCGAGAUGCCCACUCCUCUCGUCCCUGCCAAGGCAGCCAAUGGCGCCCAACACCAGGAAAUUAUCGAGCCCGUCCCAGCUCCACAAAAACCUCCCCUUCCAUUCAGCAACGCGGCUAGCGAACAAAAGCGUCGCGAGACUUACGACCAAGCCAUGUGGACUGCCAUCUACGCCGAAAUUGGUCCCGCCCCAGCUCGCCCUCCCAAAGUGGCCUUGAACCCUUUCCUCCUGUACCAGAAAGACUACUGGUCCAAAUGCCGUGACCAGUGCCUGGAGGCUCGUCGCGCCGGCCCCAGCAAACCUAAUGCGAAGGCCAGCCGCGACGAGAUACGCCAUGCACUCGGUCAGAUGUGGCGCAAUGCCUCGGCUGAGGAAAAGAAGCCCUACCUCGACCAGAUCGAAGUGUGCCGUGUCGAGAAAGAUCGGGCUUGGAAUGAAUGGAAAGUUGCUGCGAACGAUUGGGACCGACGAUCGCUACAGGUGAAGAGCGAGUGGUGUGCCGAGAACCCGUACGCGGGGUGGAUUACACCUGAGCUGGCAGAAUAG